AUGAAGACCACGUCCGUAAUCCGGUUUGCCGCUUUGGCAGCGGUACUGCUCGCCUCGGCAAAUGUUGACGCCUGGAAAAUCGACGACUUUGACCUCAAGGAGCGUCCGUCGCCAAAAAAUGCCCUCAACAUAGUAAUGUGCCUUGUUAAUUUAGUUUUGACGGGUAACAUUUCUAUGACAUCAAUAUUAUCUUGCAUUACAAGUAGGUCACGGGCAAUAACUUACGCAAAGGGUGAUUGGAAUUAUUAUGUUGACCUCGUCGUCCAGAACGGUGAAUUUCUCAGCGAAAAGGGUACGAUCGCGGGCUCUCAUAUGAAAUAUGGCAAAUGGCAAAAGGAUGGCGCUGAUGUGCCGAAUGUUGACAAUAUUGAAUUCAACAAACAGCCGGCAAAGUUUAGAGCAGUUGGACAGGAAGGCAAUAUCAAUGGUGUCGCGGGAUAUUUCGAGAUCCACGAGGAAGGCGCACCGAUCGCGAAGGUGCUAUUCGAGUCACCGCUGGAUGGAGACGCAAGAGUUAUUAUCAGACAACUUAACACAGAUUAUUUGUGUACCGAUAGCUGGUAUUACAAUCCGUAUUUCACUAUUGAUGUCAGUUGCUACUCUUUAAAAGUACCUCAGUAA